UCCACUGUCGGGAAUUAUUGUGUUCAUUCUCUGUCUUGAAUUCUACUAACAAAGUUUGCAAUUCUGAGAUCACAUUUCCAUUGAAAAAAUGUUACCGUUGAAGUUAGUGAUCGCGUUGGUGAUUGGUGUGUUUCAGGUCUGCAUAGCCAAUGGAACUACAAGAGAACAGGACGUAACGAAAUUGUUUUCAGCAGACGAAUUGCAGCGUGCAAAGGCAGCCCAAAUUUCCGAUGUUUCGUUAAUUGAUGGGAAAGGUUAUGGGCUCACAAUCGAGGAAAUUAUCCGAUUGCAUCCACUAAAGAGUGUAAAAAGUGAACGCACCUUUAAGUUUUUGGACAAAGUAUGCAAAAUUCUACUUCCUGGCCACCAAACAGUCACAAAUUAUUCACUUGAACAUGAAAUUCACUUGCACGUUUUGGCUGAUUCGCAGAACUUGCCGCAACGCGAACUGUAUACCUAUGUUCGAAACACGAUUUGCGCUUAUCUAAGUGAACCAGAUUUGUACGAAACAGAAGCGAACACAUUCGGCUCAAAAUUGAUUCCUUACAUGAAAAUUCGUUACUUGAAAUUGAAAGCUCGAAACGGUACAGUGCCGGAACGAAUCGAAUUGGCGAAACGAAUGUGCUGCGUCUUGAACGGUGGAGAUUUGGCCAUUUUUUCGGUUGAAUCAACUGUCAGUUGCUUAUCUGAGCCAGAAUCGAAUAGAUUCGUUCAGUAUUGGGCACAAUUUAAAUCAGCCGACACUUUCAAGUCAUUGCAAAACCUUUGUGACUUCGUCCAAGCUCCUCCAGCCUACCAAUGUCAAACAGAUGAUCGAAAACCUAAUGGUAUAUAAUCGGACGAGCUGUCAAUUUCACACGUGUGCAGGCUAGACCCGUAGGUCUUUGUAUAAAUAAAUUUUAGUAAUC